AUGAUGUACCGAUCAGAUGUAUUCACUGAAGAAACGGAGAGAACAGCUUUCCGCAAAGCUGAGAAGAAAUACAAAAUAUAUUACGACAACACCAAAAAGAAAAAGAUACCGAGGCCUGUAGAUUUGUCAGAGGUUGUAGAUUUCAGGUCAAUCUUAGAGAAUGGCAAUGGUGAACUUCCAGAUGGAGUUUCCAUGCUAAACUGUGAUUUUGAUCGUCCUAUAUUCUGCUUGGAAACUCGACCAGGUUUUUAUUUCAUUCCUGCUGCAUUAAGCGUGGAGGAGCAAUGCCAAUGGAUAAGGGAAAGUUUAUCAAGUUUUCCUCAACCGCCUAAUUUAACAAACCACAAUGCAAUUUAUGGACCCAUAGAGGAUUUAUUUGCUUCAGCUAAAGAAGCGAAGUUUUUAGUGUUGGAAGAUAAAAUUCGUGACGAUUGUUGUUUGUAUAGUGAUGUUACUCAAGCAGAUGUAGGUCAACCCCUUUGGAAGUUUGUCGAGGAGCAAUUGGGUGAAGCACAUGGGAAAGAUGCCUGCAAGUCUGUGUCUGCUUCUGUUUUGCUCCGUAAGUUAAGAUGGAGUACCCUUGGCUUGCAGUUUGAUUGGUCUAAGAGGAGCUAUAACGUUUCUCUCCCUCACAGGGAGAUACCUGAUGCACUAUGCCAAUUGGCCAAAAAGAUGGCUGGACCUGCUAUGCCGCAUGGUGUAGAAUUCCACCCAGAAGCUGCCAUAGUGAAUUACUUUGGAUUAGGUGAUAUGCUUGGUGGGCACCUAGAUGACAUGGAAAAGGAUUGGAGUAAACCUAUUGUGAGCAUGAGUUUGGGUUGCAAAGCUAUUUUCCUCCUUGGCGGCAAAUCGAGGGAUGAUAAACCAAUUGCAAUGUUCCUCAGAAGUGGUGAUGUUGUACUAAUGGCUGGAGAAGCAAGGGAGUGCUUUCACGGUGUUCCUCGUAUUUUUACUGAUGCAGAAAAUGCCGAAAUAUCCGAUCUUGAGUCUCAGUUUGCUGCAGAAGACGAUCAACAUUACUUAAAGUACAUCAGGACAUCCAGAAUUAACAUUAAUAUCAGACAAGUUUUCUAA